AUGUCGGUGAUGUCAGAGAAUUCGGGGCGUCGAGCGUCAUCGGUCCGAGGCUCACGCAGCUCCCGAAGUGUUCCACGUGCGCGCAUUGGUUCUUCCGAUAUCGCAACUCCAUUUCUUGUCCCACAUUUUUCAGCUGCUACUAGCGAAGGGACAACCAAACAGUUAAAUUUGGAUGAUGAAAACUGGGCAGAAAGUACGACUGUUGUGACGGGUAAUACAAGUGAACACUCAUAUAGUGGAUUAAAUGAACGAGUUUUUGUUGCACCAGUUGGGCGAGUUGUUGUUCGAAGAUGUUCUCGAAUUUUAUGGUUAUGUAGUGCAUUUACAAUUUCAUUAAUUGCAAUUAUAUCAGCUCCAAUGAUGACUUCAUUACCUUUAAUAUUAAAGCAGUUCGGUUAUAUGUGGCCAGAGAUUAUUUGUGAAGCAGAUUGUCAAGGUUUAUUGCUUAAUAUGGCCAUGAAAAGUCUGUUUUUGAUAGUGGCCCUUUGGGCGAUGUAUUUUCGAAGAGCACCAGCUGAUAUGCCUCGUUUAUUUUUCCAUCGAACUACUCUUACACUUUUCGCCUUAUUCGUUCUUUUUGCAUUCUGGCUAUUUUAUUCAGUACGAAUUCUAUAUGAGCGGCAAAAUAAUUUUAUAGUUGUUGUUAAUUUUGCUUUAUCGCUUCUGGAUGCCUUGUUGUAUUUUCACUAUAUCUCCGUAAUCAUCCUUGAAUUAAGAGCGUUAAGGCCAGAAUUUAUUGUCAGUAUAGUUCGAGAUCCAGAUGGUGAAUCGCAAACUUUUAACAUUGGUAUAAUGAGUGUACAAGAAGCAGCUGUGCAUGUGCUUCGAUUAUAUUAUACGUAUUUCCCUUCAUAUAAUCCAUUUUUGGACAAAGAGAAUGGUUUAUCACGAUUUAAUAAUGAUACAAUGCUCGUUUCAGAACCAAAACAACCAUCAGGUUUUAAAAUGUAUGAUAUCGAAGGUCUUGGUGCUGAAUGUACCAUAUCUGAAGCAAAUGCGCGGGCGUUAAUGGAAGCAACAGCAAAAAGGCGUAUUGGUGGGCAUAAUGAGCGGUUUCAUGACGUCGUUGAUUGGGAAAGACGAGUUCAAAAACGUAAAUAUCGCUUGAUAAGCACUACUGAAGAUGCUUUUGCAAGUGUUCAAAGUAUAACUGCAAAUUGUCAGAAGAAGUUACUUGGUGAACCAAUGGAAGCACUGGGGGCAGCACAAGCAGUGUUUGCUGCCAUUGCUCGGCCACUUAAUAAAUAUUUAAAGCUAACACGUCAACAACCUCGUCAUUCUGCAGAUCAAGUGGUUGCACAUUUGGCUCGCUGCCUCUCAUUACGUUUUUCCGCAUUCACAUUUCUUCAGCGCUUCUUCUCACCAAAGUUUCCCUUUCCCGAUCGCAUAGAGGAAUCGAAAUGGUCAAUUAUGUGCAACGUUCAAGCAUCAACAACGAUUCGCCAUGGAAUGAUAUUUAUAUUACGCUGUCAUCAGCAGGAUGAUGAUGCUGGAGUUCAACUUUUAUGCACUCUUCAUUCCCUUCCAUUUUUCAAUCUGACAGAACAACAGUCAUCGACAUCUAAAUUUGCUUUGAAAAUAACCCCGGAAUCUGCUGUUUAA